AUGGUGAGACCAGAACAAAACCGACUGCGUUCUUCACAAGUGCGCUCCGAUGAAACUGAGGAUGAGAGGUCGGCUAGAUUGCUACAGAAAAGGCUGCGGAGUUGUCGUUCAAGAGAACAGGCACGGCAGGAAUUGAAUUGCGCAGCAUUUGAGUAUGAUCCUGCUCAUGAUUAUAUUACAUAUGCUGGCCUUGAAAUCGGUGAGAUGACAAGUGUAUGUAAGUUUUGUCGUGCAUUGAAAUCUGCGAACGAAAGUCCAGGAGUGUGCUGUGCGGGGGGCAAGGUCGAAGUACCCGAUUUACACCCACCACCUGAGCCGUUGUCAACUCUGAUGAGCGGACAAACGAAGAAAUCGCAGCGUUUUUUAGCCAAUAUUCGCAUGUACAAUUCAUUUUUUCAAAUGACAUCAUUUGGUGCGACUGGAAUCAUACGUGGUUCCUACAUGCCGACCUUCAAAAUCCAAGGUCAGGUAUAUCAUCGUCAUGGGUCACUUUUGCCAUUGCUGGAUGCCGAUCAUCGGUUCCUCCAAAUCUAUUUCAUGGGAAACGCCGAGGAACAGGUCGAUCGACGAUGCAGCAUCCACACUGGUACAGAUAGGGAAAUCGUUGGUUGUUUACAAAAGCUUUUCCAUCAGUACAACAGGAUGGUGAAGCUGUUCACGAUCACUCUGGAACGCAUGCCAGCUGAUGAUUAUGUUUUUGUCAUACGAGCGGACAAGACGCCGGCGGGGGAACACGGAGAGCGAUACAAUGCUCCCACAAUCAAUGAAGCAGCAAUCGUGAUAGCUGGAGAGGAAUUGAGGUCCCGUGACAUAAUUCUCCAUCGCCGGAGUGGUGACCUCCAAGGAGUCUCUGGAACACAUCGUUCCUACGACGCUUUACAGUACCCGAUCCUAUUUUGGCAAGGGGAUGAUGGAUAUCACUUCAACAUUAAUAUGAGAAACGCGGUGACGGGUGAAGAGUCUGACAAGAAGAGUCCGGACUGA